AUGGGUAAUGUGGAAAUACCCAAAUGGUUAAAAGGCUUGCCUUUAGCACCUGAGUUUAGGCCAACUGAUACUGAAUUUGCAGACCCAAUUGCUUACAUAUCGAAAAUUGAGAAGGAAGCUAGUGCUUUUGGGAUUUGUAAGAUCAUACCUCCAUUGCCUAAACCUUCGAAAAAAUAUGUUUUUAGUAACUUGAAUAGAUCACUUUCUAAGCGUCCAGAAUUGGGUGAUGAUGUGGACUUGUCGAAUGUUUGUUCCUCAUCGAAUGGUGGUUUAAGGGAUGGUGGUAAUGAUGGGGAAAAUAGGGCGGUGUUUACAACUAGGCAGCAGGAGUUAGGACAGUGUGUGAAGAAAGCAAAAGGGAUGGUUAAGGAGAAUCCGCCAUCGGGUGUUCAUAAGCAAGUUUGGCAAAGUGGGCAGGUUUAUACAUUGGAACAGUUUGAGUCUAAGUCUAAGGGUUUUGCAAGGAGUUUGUUGGGUAUGAUUAAGGAGGUUAAUCCAUUGGUUGUAGAGGCAUUGUUUUGGAAGGCAGCUUCCGAGAAGCCUAUCUAUGUGGAAUAUGCAAAUGAUGUGCCUGGCUCAGGUUUUGGGGAACCGGAAGGUCACUUUCGGUAUUUUCGUAGACGGAGGAGGAAGAGGGCAUCAUAUCAGUCUUAUCGUAGGAGUAGAGAGAGCCCUGUUUGCAGGAAAAAUGAUAUGGAUGGUGCAAAGAAUUCCCAUAGUGAUGAUGUUAAAGGUGUUCUCGUUAAGAAUGAGCCAAGCAUGUGUUUGGAGACGACACCCAGGUCAUCUAUGGCAUCUUCAACUUCAUCUGCAGAGGAUAAUUUGAAGUCUUCUAAGCAAAAGAGUGUAGCUGCAAUUAAUGAUAUGGAGGGUACUGCAGGUUGGAAGCUUUCAAAUAGCCCUUGGAAUCUGCAAGUGAUUGCGCGCUCACCUGGCUCUCUUACACGUUUUAUGCCAGAUGAUAUCCCAGGUGUUACUUCUCCUAUGAUCUAUAUUGGUAUGUUGUUUAGUUGGUUUGCUUGGCAUGUUGAGGAUCAUGAACUUCACAGCAUGAAUUUUCUACAUACCGGUUCUCCAAAGACUUGGUAUGCUGUCCCUGGAGAUUGUGUAUUUGCUUUUGAGGAAGUUAUACGCACUGAGGCUUAUGGUGGCAAUAUUGAUCGCUUAGCUGCCCUGAGUCUGCUGGGGGAGAAGACAACCCUUUUGUCUCCUGAAGCGAUAAUUUCCUCAGGCAUUCCUUGUUGUAGGUUAGUACAGAAUCCUGGUGAAUUUGUUGUGACCUUUCCAAGGGCCUACCAUGUAGGAUUCAGCCACGGUUUUAACUGUGGGGAAGCUGCCAAUUUUGGAACUCCAGAAUGGCUUAAAGUAGCUAAGGAAGCUGCAGUCCGCAGGGCUGCCAUGAACUAUCUUCCUAUGCUUUCUCAUCAGCAGCUUCUGUACCUGUUGACCAUGUCUUUUGUUUCAAGAGUGCCAAGAUCCUUGCUGCCAGGCGCUCGGAGUUCUCGUCUUAGAGAUCGUCAGAGAGAAGAAAGAGAGCUGUCUGUAAAAAAGGCUUUUCUAGAAGACAUGUUAAAGGAAAAUGAUGUUUUGUCUGCUUUUCUUGAGAAAAAUUCCACUUGUCAUGUGGUGAUAUGGAAUCCUGAUUUGCUUCCUUGUGCAAGUAAAGAGUCUCAAUUGCUCAACAUAACUUCAAAUGUUGCUACUACACCAAACGAAAAUGCUGCCCAUAUUCAUUCCGACUUAAAUAGUAAUAGUAGUGAGAAUGAUCUGUUUAAGGAGAUGAGCUUGUAUAUGGAAACUCUCAAUGACUUGUAUAUGGAAGAUGAUGAUUUGUCGUGUGAUUUUCAAGUUGAUUCGGGGACAUUAGCUUGCGUGGCUUGUGGAAUCCUUGGUUUUCCAUUUAUGUCUGUUGUGCAACCAUCUGAGAGAGCAUCAAUAGAACUUAUGCCUGGGGAUUGCCUUUUAGUUCAAGAAGAGCCGGGAGUUUCAAGAAGCAAUAAUGCUCAGCCCUCUUCAGACCCUGAUAGCUUUGUUAAAGACUCCAUUUCUGAUGAGCAUGCUCCUUUGAAGGAUCUUUCCAUGUCUCUGAAGGAUCUUCCCGUGCCCAUAGGGUGGAACACUUCUCAUAAGUUUUUGAGACCUCGUAUUUUCUGCCUGGAGCAUGGUGUGCAAAUUGAGGAGCUGUUACGGUCUAAAGGUGGAGCAAACAUGCUUAUAAUUUGCCAUUCAGACCAUCAAAAAAUAAAAGCACAUGCUUCUGCCAUUGUGGAGGAAAUUGAGAAUCCUUUCAAUUACAACGAGGUUCCUUUACAAGCUGCAUCCGAAGGAGAUCUGAACUUGAUAAAUCUUGCAAUCGACGAUGAAGAUCAUCAUGAAUGUGGAGAAGACUGGACAUCAAAACUGGGUAUCAACUUACGGUAUUGUGUAAAAAUCAGAAAGAACUCUCCAUCUAAGAAAGUUCAACAUGCAUUAGCAUUGGGUGGAUUAUUCUCUGACAGAUGCCUCGGUUCAGAUUUCUUUAACAUCAAAUGGCAAUCUAAAAGAUCUCGGUCAAGAAUCAAGUCAAAUCAGCCUGUCCAUUGUAAACCAUGCAAGAUUAUUGAAACAAACAAAGAUGAAUUGUUGGGGAAUAAGUCAGAUGGUCUCACUGUCAAAAAAGAAGACAAACUUAUUCAAUACACAAGAAGGAAGUACAAGGUAAAAAUAGAUUAUUCCACAAAUAGGCUUCAAGGAUGCUCUAGAAGGUGCUUGCCAGAAGAAGUUUCAGGAGCUGUUGGUGGUGAUCCUGAUAAGCAUACUGAACAAAAUACUGUGAUUUACCCUUGCAACAUUGGGAUUACUGGAAGGGGUUCUGCAGGAUUUGGUUUUUCUGCCACUGAAGAUUCUGAACUGCUGCACGAAGUCCAGGUGCUUGAAACAGCCGGUGGUUUGACCUUGAAUUCUGCUCCAUCACAAGUUGCAGGUUCAAUUCUCACUGCUACUGUGGCUGUCAAAAUUGCUGUGGGGCAGAUGGAGGAUCAAUUGUUGGAGGAAUCAGACACUUAUCAGAGGAACAUCUGUAACAUAAAAGCCAGUGGUAGUUCAGAGAUAGAGCGAGGGAUAAAUGUGUCAGGAGGAACCAGUGAAAAAGAGGACUUUUACACCACAAAAUGCUGCAGUCCAUUCGUCGCUGCAGCUAAUGAAAGAUUUGAAAUGCAGAGAGAGGAUCGAAUUGUGGGAAAUGUUGACAUUAUGAGUGAGACUCGUAAUAUGGUUUCUGAAGGACAACACAGGGUGCUGGAUGAUGACAACGCUUCAAGGAAUGAGGUUUCUGAUCUUGCUAAUUCAGCAAUGUUGGAUAAUUCUUUCAUUAGCAAUGCGGUUUCUUCUCCUGUGAUUUUGGAUAAUGAAGUGCAGAAAGAACUUGAGACUAAAAGCAGAAUUAAUGGUGACCAAUGCUCUUCAAGUGAUGACAAGCUGAUGAAUCAGCCUCCUACCUCACUGGACGAAAGAUGUGAUCAUGAGCAAGAGACAUUUGCUGUAGAUAAUAAGAUGCAGCAAGAAACUGCCAUCACAAAUGGGAGUGAUGAGGAGGAACUCGUUCUUAGUAAUGUUAUUAAUGGACCUAAUCUUGUGCCUAUGGAUGAAAUUUCUGAAUUUCAUAGAGAGGCACAUGCUGCAGUCAGCUUGUGCAAUGGUGUGGCUUUUGAAAAUGGCGAGCUGCUGGCGUUUCAGACUACAAAUGAUUCCAUCAAGGAACUUACUUCAUGUUCUGUUACGCAAAUGGAAAUAAAUCCAUCUACUGCUUCAUCAGAAUUCUCUAAACUUCAUAGGCAGGACUCUGCUUGUAGUGGCUCAACUUUAGACACAGCUGUGCUACUAGAAAUUAGAACGACAAACAUGAGCACUGUGGAGGAAGUUGCCCCUAAUUCUGCAACCAAAAACCAAGAACUCUCUGAAGCUUCAAGAGACAUCUGUGCUAUUCAAGACUCCGAUGCUUGUGUGGAUUUAGAACCUAAAGUAGAGCAGGAAAUUCAGUCCAAUGAUGGUGUGACUGGAGACAGUGAAGUGCAGAAAAUGCACCAGAAUACAAGUUCAAUUAAUGAGGAAGGACCUGUUUCUACUUGUGUUAUUCUGGUGAAUCAGCCGACUCCUUCCCCUGUUAAAAAAUGUCCUGACAUUGAAGACAAAUCAUGUGGCGGAGAAAGUAUGGUGAAAUGCAAUGAAGUUUGUUCAUCUCAGGAGCUUGAGAGCGUUGAGUCUCCUGUGGUAGACUCCAGAUCAACAGCUGGAAAGGGCAGAAAAAGAAAGAGUGAAGUGGAACAGCUAACAGAAAACAAGUUCAAUAGCAAUGACUUCAUCAGGAGUCCAUGUGAAGGAUUGAGACCAAGGGCUGGGAAAGAUGCGACAUGUAAGAGUGAGGUUGAUGUUGAAAAAUCAGCUGCGGAGAAUCCAGUAACAAGGAGGUUAAGGAAACCUUCUGAUGUUUCAGCUCCUCGCCCAAAAAGGAAAGAAAUCACAAAGAGAUCUCAUAAGUGUGAUCUAGAAGGUUGUCGCAUGAGUUUUGAGACAAAGGCAGAGUUACAGUUGCACAAGCGCAACCGAUGCACAUACGAUGGAUGUGGUAAGAAGUUCAGUUCCCACAAGUAUGCAGUAGUUCAUCAACGUGUCCAUGAAGAUGAUAGACCCCUCAAGUGUCCAUGGAAGGGUUGCACCAUGUCAUUCAAGUGGGCAUGGGCUAGGAUUGAGCAUGUACGGGUGCACACUGGUGAGAAGCCAUACCAGUGCAAGGUUGAAGGCUGUGGUCUUUCUUUCAGGUUUGUAUCAGACUUUAGUCGGCACAGGAGGAAAACAGGACACUAUUUGAACACACCUGCCUGA